AUGCAGGGAUUGAUCCCAGGAUCUGAAGAUCUUGACCUGAGCUGAAGGCAGAUGACUAACUGACUGAGCCACCCAGGCGCCCCUAGGCUAUUUUCUAACUACAAAGGAUUUUUAAAGAAGUUCCUUGCCAGUGGUGGAUUCCAAUAACUGAUGUUCUUUAUUAUCAUAAAAAAACUUUUUAGGUUAAUUAUAACCAAAAUAAAAUGUUUUAUGAGGGAAAAUAGGUUUUCAGUGUAAUAUGAAAAUAUUCUGGGUGAUACUCAUAUAAAUUGCUGUAAUCUUAAAUUCACAAAUUACUGCAUAGAAGUAUACAGAAAUGGUAUUUUGGUUUCAUUCAUAUUUUUCCUAAUAUAUAAUGGAGCCCACAGUUUGUAUUUCUCUGCCCUAUUGAUAGAGCCUUGAAAAUAAUUUAGAGUUCAUUUGAAUUGAAGUAGAAAUUGAAAUAUAUCAUACUAUUUAUUUUUAUAUAGUACAUUUGUCAGAAUAACUGAAAAAUUAUAAUUCUGUAAUUAAAAAAAAACUUUACAAAGGCAGUGGUAAGAUGUGACUUACCUUUGAAUAUGAUGAUCAUUCAAAGAUGACUAUCUUGUAAUUCUAGAAUGUUUCUGGUUUUAAUGAUUUGAACAAGGAUGUGAGUUGAGAACUGUAACCAUUUUUGUGCUCCUCCCCAUGUAAACCUACAGCUCUUUACCAUAGUGCACUUAUGUGCUCUGAAAAUUUCUGUUGAGUGGUUGAUUAUAUGGGUUAAUAAAUGAAUAUUUAAGAAGUGAGUGUAGAAAAAAUUCUGGCAUUUAGGAAUGAAGGGGAGGGGUAGGUAGUAAUAAAGAUGUUAAGAAAGUCUUGAAAUUACACGCCAGGCCUUUAAAAUACAGCCCAGCAACUACCAGACAACUCCACAGAAUUAUGGGACCAGGUUAGAAAUUGGUAGGUCCUGAUUGGCUGGAGGCAGCAGCAUUCUGGUAGCUGAUUGGCUCCACAGGUCGUGUGAGUCUGCUUGCGUCACCACACAUCGAAGCUUCUGGUGGUAAACCUCGGUAGAGGUCAGAGCCUACCCGAGGAACUCACUGACUAGAGCGAAAACCUACCUCCUAAUCUUUCUGAGCUCUCCUUAAGGAUGAGUAAGAAUGGUUUUGUGAGCUAUGGCAGCGUUUCUGCUGUGGGUGGAGCCUUUGGAAGCAAUGACCAACCAUUUCAGGGUGGUGCAGCUCCUGCUACUAAGGCCCCAAGAUCCAGGGUUCGAAUCCAGGAUAUUAUACGUGUAAACCAGCUGCUCACCUCCGCCCUGGUUGACAAUGUCUUCAAGAUUAGGGGAAUUGAAGUUUCCCAGGUCUCUCUUGUGGGGAUAACCAGAAAGGCAGAGAGGGCUUCCAAAUACAUUCUUUACAGUAUUGAUAUGACCACCAAGCCUAUUGAGGUCUGCCAGUGGCUCAGAAGAAAUGAAGCAAAACAGAGGAUGUCGCUUCUUCCAGUGGGAGUAUAUGUCAAAGUGAUUGGUAUCCUCAAAUGUUUUAAGGAAGUAAAGGGCCUUGAAGUCUUGAAUAUCCCUGUCCUGGAGGACAUGAAUGAGUUCACCACACAUAUUCUGGAAACUGUCAAUGCACAUAUGAUGUUGGAUAAAGCCCACCAUGUGGCCUCUGGGCCCAGUGCACCUGUUGUCCCAUCAAAAAUAGAUGAGGUCCAAAAGUAUGGCGAUUACUACCACCUCGACCUCAUCCACAAGGAAGUUCUGCAUUUGAUCCAUCACUGUCCUCGACAGGAAGGCAAAAGUUUGCACGAGCUCCAGACCCAGCUUCACAGCCUGAGCGACGGGGCCAUCAAGCAAGCCCUUGAGUAUCUGACCAUUGAGGGCUACAGUUACCCCACUGUGGAUGAAGAGCAUUUUAAAUCUGCUGAUUGAAGCGAUGAAAAGAUUUUUCAUUUUCCAAAGAUCCUUGCCUCCCUCUGUGAGUGUGUUUAAACCUGUUGACUUUUAGGAAGUAGAUUUUUUUCAACAAAAUAUCUCAGGGGGCAUACUUUGGAACCUCACUGCUUUUCCAAAUGCUUUGAACUUCUCUGUUUUUCUAACUGUAUUUGAAGCUCAGAAGGAGAUAGUGAUGGAGAAAUUGACUGGACUUUUUGUAGGAUUAGCCAGCAAGCAAAUGAAAACAGUCUGGGAUGAAUGAAUUUGGGAGAGAAAAGGUACAGAAAAAAAUGGAAAAUUGUUAUUUGUUGUGUGGGAGCUUCUUUUUCUGAAAUAUCCAUAUAUUAGGAGAAUAUAGAAUCAGUCAAGGAACCAGUUAAGAGAGAAAAACAAAAAUUGUAUUGUUUUUACGUUAGACUUAUUUUCUGUGUUUGGAUUUAGCUUAUAAUCCUAUUAUCUCUUGCUAAAUGUAGUAAUUGGUUAAUUGAAUGUGCUAAAGAGAGCAAUUUAUGAAUUGAAGUGCUCAGUUCAAUAUUUAUUGAGUGAUUUGCCCUUUUACCAUAAAUUUAUUUUUAAAAAAUAAAAUUAUAGUAUGUUUAACAGCUCUUAUUACCGCAGGUUUAUGUUUUUUAAAAAAGUAAGAUUAUACUACCUUUAAAUGCCAGCUCGUAUUAACAUGUUUAUGUUAAAAAAUAAGAUUAUGACUAAAUAACAAACAUAGAGUACACUAUGUUUAAGUAUACUAUUUAAAAAAUAAAAUUAUAGUAUGUUUGAAAAAUUUUUUCUAAAAUGUGAUUAGGUUUAAUGAUUAUUUCAAAUAUAAUGUGGUGAUAUUUGGAUUAAAUUACAGUCCAUUGUAGUUGCAUGGUACAUGGAUACCAGAUUUUCUGUGAGUUUGAUGUUCUGAUGGAUUCUGUAUAGUACUAAAUGCUCAGUUUUAUGUCUGACAAAGGAUUAUUCUUACAGGUUAAGCAAAGAAAUAAAAAUUAAUUAUAUGAAUAUUAAGCUUAGUAAAUAACUGAAAUUUUAUUUGAACAUUUUAUUAAAAUACUUUUUGAAAAA